UCAAACAUCUAAACUUCCUCUGAAAAAUCUCAAUGCCACCAAUCCUUUUGCUUAUCUUCUUCCUCUUCAUGUCGGCUUCCGAGUUCGGGUUUUCUCAGUCCCCAUGGUUCCCUAAUUACCCACACCUGUUUUACGGCCAGGAACGUUUCAGAAACGGCGGUGAUAGGCUUUCGAAACCUUUAAUCGGAGACGGUGGAAGAAUUUACGCUUGCUCCGAGAAUACGUUGUUUGCAUUCGAAAACAACGGUUCCAUCGCUUGGUUCUUACCUUUGACUUUGAAAUGCAACAUGGCUAAGUCCCCAGUUCAUGGAGGUAGAGGAAAGAUCUAUUUGAUUGCAGAAAACAGGGUACUUCAAAUCAAUAUCAUUAAAAUUGGAACUUCAGAACCUGCAAUUCAAGUCUUGUUCGAUCCUGGACCGGGUGAACGAGGAGAUGAAAUUGUUGGGAUUGCAGUAAGCACAUUGUGUUCAUCUGUUAUUAUCAAUGUUGAAAAUCGGGGUUUGUUCGCUUAUUUGAUGCGGGGAGAACUACUCUGGAGUAUUGGACCUGUGAUGAAUCAGUAUGGCUACAGGCAAGGUUGCAGGAAAAAUGUUUCAGAUUGUUAUUUUUCUUCAGCCCCUGUGAUUGAUCAAUGUGAAGCUAGUAUUUAUAUCUCAAAUACCGAAGGGGAACUUUAUUCGUUGUCGAUUCGAAGUCCACAGUUUAAAUGGAUUCAGGACUUAAGUUCAUUUGAUAAGGUUUACACCAUUACGCCAGGAAACAAUGGCCUAUUAUUUGUUACUGUACCUGUUAAGUCUCUUAUUUUGGCACUAGACGUUUCUUCAGGGAAUGUUCUUUGGCAGGCUAGUAUUGGGCCAUUGAGUUCUGCAGAAUCUUCACCAGUGGUUGAUUCUUAUGGUUGGGUGACAAUUGGUUCAUUGGAUGGAUUCCUAUACUCGUUUUCACCUACUGGAACUCUCAACGAAUUUGCUAAAGCAGAUGCAUUAGAUUCUGUGAUUCAAUUUAGUAUUCUCCUUGAUUGUUCUGGUUAUGCAGUAUACUUUUGUCAGACAGAAAUGGGGGGAAAGGUUAUCCAUAUGAACGACCGUUUCACUCAGGUCUCUGCGAUGAAACCGAAAAGAUCGGUCUUCACAUUGAUGGUUCCAUCCACUGGCAAAAUCUACUGGUCUGAAAGCAAUCAUGGCAAUUUUGUAUCUUUGUUGUCCAAGAGUGAUCUGCAGAACUUUGUAGUGGAUGAGGGCAUGCUUCUAGCUUUCAUCACUGCUUCAAAGAUUGGCAACCAGCUAUCCUGUCGAAGCAAUGAUCUAAAGCUUGCAUCCAGCUGCUCCGAAGGAACUAGCAAGCACCUCAGCGUUUACACAGGUUAUAGAAGUUCUAUAUUUCUCUUUCUAUUAUUGGAGUCCAUACUAUUGGUAGUUUUAGGUGCCGCCUUGCGGUUCUGUUGUGUCUUUUGGAGGAAAAAGAAGCUUCAAGAUCAAGACCUAGGACUCUUCCUAGAAAAACGAAGAUCUCUUCAACUUAAGAGGAAAGCAAUUGAUAGAACAAUUACAGAGCUUGAGCAAAAGGCAACAGCGGCAGGAGUAACAAAAGAAGCAACAAUGGAAGAACUUGGUGAACUCGUUCAGAAAAGGCAAGGAAUUACGAGAAAGCUAUCGACGAGCUACAGUUUAGGCAGAGAUGAAACAGUUUCGAAUCUGAAAUCUGUUCUUCCAUUAUACAGUGGAGGAACAAGGAGCUGUUCUUUCCAAAGGGCCAAGGAAGGAAGUUUUACAAUUUUCCAAACAUUAAGCAAUACAUCUUCAGAAGAAAGCAGCAGCGACAAUGUUUCGGAUUCUGAAGUAGAAGAGAAUCCUGCCGUCAAAGGAAAGGCAAAGGCAGCCAUUGAAGUUGAAAGUUCAAGUGAUGAUGAACAGCUUGAGAGAAGAUAUCAAAGAAGUCCAGAACCAGUUUCAAGCUCAAAAGGGUAUAUGGAUUCCCCGUUUGUUCAGCAAGAAACUGUGCAAGAAAAUUUUCAUGGAGCGGGAAUGGUGGCAACAUCCAUGCCAAGUAGUAGCAGAAGCCUUAGGCUAAAGAGGAGAACCUUUUCUUCAUUAAUGUAAUUAAUGUUAAUUACACAGCAGGAUCUUGAACAAGGUUUUUAUAAAUUCAGACAAAUCCAGGUUAUGCUA